GAUUUACCCCUCCCCCUGCAAAGUCUUGGAAAGCUUUUCCGUUACAUAUGGCCGAAAUUGCAUUUAUGUUGUCUUCUGGGCUAGUACUACUAGUAGUACUACUACUACCACUAGGCCAACUUAACAACAGUUAUUAUAUGAAUAAGGCUCCUUCCACAUCAUGGGAAAAAAGAAGAUAUUGAUUACUCGAACUCAACGUGCAGCAAUCCACCCUUACCGUUGUUCAUCAAGGUUUCCUUACAAAGACAUAAAAAAAUGGACCAGGAAAAAAAAAUAUUGGGAUGCGUUAAAAAUGAAAUUCACCAUACUUCAUGCAUCUAAUGUUGAAAAGAAGAACACUGCAUUUUGUAAUAAUGCUAUUGCCGCUGAAGAUCAAUGCAAUAGGAAUCAUGCAUUAUGUAUUGGAGACGAUGUACAUUUCAAACAUGACCUGCAAGUUAGUCGUGAGGUGGGGUUUAUGGAUAAGCUAACUCAGGAGUUCUCUAAGCUUUCGAUUAAUAGCAAUGACUCAGUUGUUCACGUGCCUGAAAAUUUGAAAUACAGUGUGGACCAGGAAAGGACCUGUAAUUACACUGAAAAUGAGGUAGAGGGUAAAAAAGAAGAUAAAGCCUGUACAUCAGCCAAAGAUAAGAGUGAACUUGGACUUAGUAAUGACGUAAGUAAGUUGCAUGCUCUUCUUAACUUGGAACGAACAUCACCAUUAUCAAGAAAUAAUGUUGUUAUUGACAAGCAAUCAAUGACAACCUUAGAAAGUCCUAGAUGGAUUGAUGACUCGGUAAUAAAUUCAUUUCUUGGACUUAUAGCAGAUGAUAAGCACUAUGUGUUUAGAGUACAAUUAUGGAAUCAAGAUUGGGACCAGCCAUGGAUGUCAACUGAUGUUGUGUUGUCAAAUUUUGAAUGGAUAUUUAUGCCGAUAUACAUACCAAACCAUUGGAUUCUGCUGGUAGCAAAUAUACCAACUAUGAGUAUAUGUGUUCUAGACUCGGGAAAUAAUGAUAAUACCAAAUACAUUGCAAAAUUCAGGAAUCUCAUGCAAAAUAGUAAUCUUGAAGGAAACUGGAAACAGAUGGAGCUAUGCUCAUGCCUGCAAACUGACAACCACAACUGUGGUGCUUUUGUGAUGCUGAAUGCAUAUGCAAUUAGCAAAGGUGUAAACCCUGAAGUGUUGGGAUUGUUGGAACAUUAUUAUGCUGAAUUGAUGCGGCAUUUUGUAUGGCAUUGUCUAAAAAACUCGACCAAAGAUUGAAAGUUUGUUCCAUAGCUUUCCUUAAAAUUUAGCAGAUUUAUGUUCAUUUUUUCCCACCAAGCAGAUGCAGAUUGUGUAAUUUUAAGUUUAGAGGCAUGCAUUGAAGAAUAAAAAGUUAUAUUGUGUUUGGCUCCAAGAGACUGCAGAAAAGUCAACAUUCGUAAUUGUAGAAUUUGCAAUGGUUCUGUCAAAUUCUCUAGUAAGUUGCAUAACCUUGGCUCAAUCCUUUACUCUGAAAUUCACUUAAUUGAUCACAUUCCAUUUGCCAAAACAACAACUUCCACCUUCGCAACAUUUCUCGCAUAGGAAUCAAAUAUAUCUUUCUUGUGACUCCAGUGAGCAAAUAUUCAUGCUUUCAUUACAUCUCUUCUGGACUACACCAACUUAACUCUUUUAUAUGGGUUUUCUGAACAUUGUCAUCAGUCGCUCAUCUCUUGUCCAAAACACUGAUGCACGGUUUACUCUGAAGCCAAAUGAAUGAUGAUGCCACUCUAAUUCAUAGAUGAUUACAUUGGCUCCCACAUAAGGAUAAAGUUGUCUUCAGAAUUCUACCAUGCUUUUUCUGUUUGUGCUCCAAUUUUUCUGAAGCUGAUUACACCUGCCAUCAUCAACAUCUUUCAAGUAUGAACUUCUGUUCAAAAAUGUUGACUAUUGUAGAAAACUCAAUGCGCCAUGGUCAGAGAAAAAAAUAUAAAAAAAAAAAAUCCCAAUAAAUGUAAGAAAAUGCAGAUAAAUUUUAAACAGAAUAAUCCUUACCUGCCUUGGUUUGAAAUUUGUGGAAAUAUGUUAUGCCCGAAGAACAAAAAUAUUAGGUGUUUAUGUUGAAGAAAACUUGAAAUGGGACAUGGAAAUCAACAAAAUGAUUUCAAAGUGUAAGAGAUGUUCGUACAAUAUUUUGAAUGUAAAACAGCCAUGAAUAAAUAUAGAUUUAAAGAGCACCAAAGCAGCUCUAAAUGAUAGAUUUCCUUCCUCUGAUAAAAAAAAAAUGCUUGUUUAUUUAUUAAAUAUGUAUAGCAUAACUGUACCAUUAUCUUAUUCUUUAAAAUAAUGUUGAUUGACUGUUAAAAUGUUUAUUCAGAAAAAAAUAAUGCAACCUAAAAUUUAAAAAAUCUUCAUCUUUUUUUUAUACAAAUUUUUGGUGGAUAUCUACUGUAGGUAUUUUUUGUAUUUACACUGUAAAAUCUUUUGUUAUAAGUUUAAAUGUGUGAUUCUUGUAAUUUUAUUGAAAGUAUGAACAUUUGGAAGUUACAUAUAAUAGAAGUUUAAUGAAAUACAUUAUUAUCUGAAAUUAAUGUGAUUAAUUUUUAACUAUUUGUCUUUUACAUCUUUCUUACAAAUUCGAUUUUAUUCAAAUAUAUUGUGUUUUAAUGAAUGUAUAGCUAUGAAAAUAUUCAUUUUGCAGCUGCCAUUUGAUAUAAUAAAAUUUUAAUUUAAUUAUAAACUUUUUCUAAUAUUGCAAUCAAAAGUUCCCUAACGCUGUACUAUAAUUUUAAUGUUAUUAAAAAGCGUCUGUAUGCAUUUUUCAAAUUUUAGAUUUUAUACUGAAAUUUUGAUGUUUAUUAUAACUGAAUGUAUUGUUGAAAGUAUUUAUGUAUUAAAUAUGAUAUAAACUAAGUUUGAUAUAAAUUUUAUUUUCCUCUUAGAUUUUGAAUUUAAAUAUUUAUAUAGUAUGUCAAAAAUAUAAUUGUUUUAGUUAAUUUCAGUGAUUUUCUUUACUCCUUUUUUGUAUAUUUUAUUUUAUUUUUACAUUUAAUAACUAUUGUAAAUACCAUCCGUAAUUCAGCAAUGCUGCCAUGAUGUAUUUGAUUUGGAAUUGAAUGUACCAUUUAUAUAUGAUACAAAUUGCUUAGUCCAGGUGCUCCAUAGCAGUUGCGAAUGAAGCUGUUGUAAAUAAAAUAAAUAGAUAAAAAGUAGAUAAAUGAAUGUGGCUAUGGUUAGUCUAUUUGAAAUAGUUGGAAUAAUGAUGACAAAACAAAUAGCUCAAUUCAAACAAAGAUUAUGUAUGUAAAAAAAAAAUGUAAAGAAACAAGUCAUUCCAGUUUAAUGCUGAUAUUAUUUACAUUUAUUAUUGCAAAUUGUACUUUUUUAAGUAUUUCGACUAACAAUAAUGUAUGGUAUGCAAGGUUUUAAAAAAAUGCAUUGCAAAAAGACAUUUAAAAAUAAUGAAACUUGAAGGAAAAAUGAUCAACUAGAAAUAUCUAGUUAGCUUAAGUCAAUGACAUAAUAAGUAUGCUCUCUGUAAAUUAAAUAAGAUAAUUAAGGAUGUAGCACAUUCAAUGCAUCAUUUACUCAUAUACUUUUUACACUGAAAUUUUGAUAUUCAUAAUGACUGAAUAUAUUGUUCAAAGUUUUUUGUAUAAUAAUUUAAGUUUGAAAUACAUUGUAUUUGAUAUAAAUUUUAUUUUCCUCUUACUAUGGUAUGCAAGUGUAACAGAAUAUAACAAGUAAAGAAUACUUAACACGUUAUAUCGUCAUUGCGGACUUAUAAAAUCCGCAUACGCCUUAAAACUAAAAGAAAAUGCAUACAUUUAGAGUCCGUACUGAGCCCAAAAAAUCCGCAAUGAAAAUAUAACGUGUUACUUUUAAAAAUAAUGAAACAUGCAGAUUAACUUAUUAAGAAAUAUCUAGUUAGCUUUCAAUUACAUCAAGUAUGCUCUCUGUAAAUAAGGUAAUUAAGGAUGUGGCAUGCCCAAUGCAUCUUACACUCGCGCAAUAAAUCAGGUAGUAUUCCAUUAUUCAAGUACUGUACAUCUGUAAGAUCUAGAAACUUAUUUACAAUACAGUAUGACCAACUCAAAAAAUAUCAAAUAUAUACCAGGUUACUUUCUCACAACUUCAGUGUUUUUUUCUUUUAUCUUUAUUAUUUAUUCAAAAUAUACCUUGCCAAUUGUAUUUUUUAAUGUGUGUUAUUACCGUGUCCAAGCAUUUACUCACGACUUCAGAAUUGCAAUAUGUAUAUUUUUUUCUUUUGUUUAUGGUAUUGUAUACUAGUUAGCUUUCAUUUACAUCAAGUAUGCUCUCUGUAAAUAAGGUAAUUAAGGAUGUGGCACACCCAAUACAUCUUACACUCGGGCAAUAAAUCAGGUAGUAUUCCAGUAUUCAAGUACUGUGCAUCUGUAAAAUCUAGAAACUCAUUUACAAUAUGACCAACUCAAAAAAUAUCAAAUAUAUACCGGGUUACUUUCUCACAACUUCAGUGUUUUUUUCUUUUAUCUUUAUUAUUUAUUCAAAAUAUACCUUGCCAAUUGUAUCUUUAAUAAUGUGUGUUAUUACCGUGUUUAAGCAUUUACUCACGACUUCAGAAUUGCAAUAUGUAUUUUUUUUUCUUUCGUUUAUUGUAUUUAUUCAAUAAUAUGUCACAUGUCCUUUGUAUUUUAAUGUUUUUUUAGUUUUCCUUAUUUUAAAAAAGGAUCUGGAAACCAAAUUCCAUGUGAACCAAGCUGUGCAUGUUAAAAAAAUUUAUUUUGUUAAAUGGAUUUGCAGGGAGAAAAGUUAAGCUUUGGGGUCAGUGUGUAUUAAAUAAAAAAAAUAAGUACUGUCAUAGGUUUAUGAGGCAUAGAAAAGUCUUUGUAUGCAAUUAUUAAACAAAAAUCGUGUAAAGUGCUUUUUUAUUAAUGUUAGUUUGAAAAUGGGAAUUCCUGACAUAUAGGUGCAAAACAAAAGUAAAUACAAAGGAUUAGGAUUAAAUGGUCUUCGAAAUGAAGUAAAGCGCAUGGGAUGCUUUUGAAAUAUUAUGUUCAAUAUGAAAAUGCCAUUUCAAUUUUAAGAAGAAAGUAUUUUAUGGGAAUUAACACAAGAAAAAAAGAGAUCAUGAAUAAUUUGGUUAUGAUUAUGAUGGUAUUGUUCCACUGGUGCACAUGAACUUACAUUUUUUUGGUCUAGUAUUAUGAUAUUGUUAUUUUACUACAUUCCACAUUGUUUUAGCAUAGACCCUAUGGUUUUAGGUAUGUAUUUGUAGAUGAUAUAUGGAGUAAUUUUUUUGUCUUAGAUAUUUACUGAAACAAGCAGCAUACAGGACUGAGGUAGUAUACAGCAUUGCAUUGUAUUACACUGUAUGAUUUAAGGGUCAAAAUCUAUAUUCUUAAUAUAAUUGUU